UAAAACUGGUAAUACUGAUGAUACCGAUGAUACUAGUGAAACUGGUAAUACUGGUGAUAUCGGUAAAACUGGUGAUACUGGUGAUACUGGUGAUACUGGUAAAACUGGUGAUACUGGCGAAGGUACUAGAGAUAUAGUUGUAGACAAAAUGCUUAGACAAAUGUCUGAGAGAGAAAUAAGUUGGUAUAGAAAUAGCUAG